UUCAACAAACCUAAAAAACCACAACGGAGAUCAAUGAGACAGCGGAAUCAUGGCGACGGCGACGGCAAGCAACAGUCCUCGGUACCGCCGGAUGAUCUCCGUUGCAAAAGAUCAGAUGGUAAGCAAUGGAGAUGCAAAGGUUUUAAGGUCGAAGGUAAAUCCAUGUGUGAGCAGCAUUUACACAGGAGAAAGAUAUCAUCCGCUAGUGUUAAGUCACGUGACGCAAGUGUUUCUGUCGUCAAGAGGACGGAAAGGAGAGGGGAGGAACCGGAGAAGAAACGGCGAAGAAGAUACGUUGCGAGGAGCGACACGAGUGAUUCUGGUGAGAAGGCUGAUGAUUUAAGUGAACCAGAAGACGAUAAGCCUGUGAGGAAACCUCGUUUUCCUGGGACGAAAAUCAGGAGAAAGGGAGAGGGUAGGAAGGAGGAUGAGACUGUUAGUUUAGGUGAUCCAAUGAAAGUAGUAGGGGGUGAGGGUGACAAGAAGAAAUAUAUGAACAAUGAAGGGUUUCGGGUAAAGAAAAAGCGUGGCAAUGAGGAGAAAGCUUGUUCUAAUUUUAUCAAAUCUUCUGAUAAGUGUGCCAGGACUGAAUCUUCUUCGAAGGGGAAGGAUAAAAUGAAAGGAAUAAAAAUGAUUUCACCAGAGGAUGAAGAACAUGGGAAUGGUGAGAGGAGGGUUAGUAGAGUGGUGAAGAAAGGGGUUGGAUGUGAUUUUAAGAAAUCAAGGUUAAAUGGGAAGAGUAUUCAAAGUGAUGAGGAGAAUGAUGGUGGUAAUGUUUAUGAUUCAAGGAGGAAACAUUCAGCCAAAUCGCCGGAACCUAUUGCAAAAGGUGUUGAAAAUGAGUCUUUACUUAAGAGAAGCGAUAGGAAAUUACCAGAGAAGAAAAAAGUGAAAGUUGCUUUGGAAAAGCAGAAUGAUAAUGACCAAAAUGAUUGCACAAAUCCAAAGGACAAGAAGAAUGGUGAAGUAACUAACAAGAAGGCUGCCCCAAGGAGAAGGCAUUUCAGUACUGAUGACCCAUAUGAUGAUUGCCAGAUGUGCCAUCAGUGCAUGAAAAGUGAUCGAAAGGUUGCUAGGUGUGGAAAAAGAUGCGGUAAACGCUAUUGUAGCCCAUGUAUUGAAAGAUGGUACCCUCAUCUGUCAGAGGAAGCAAUUGCUGAGGAAUGCCCCGUUUGUCGUGGGAACUGCAAUUGCAAAGAUUGUUUACGCAAAACCAUUAUUCCUAAGGAACAAAAAUAUUUAGGAAUACCACAGGAAAACAACAAAAAAAUUAAUUGCUUGAAGUAUCUUGUGGAUGCACUUUACCCAUUUUUGAAAACAUUUAUCCAUGAUCAAACCAUUGAAAAGGAGAUGGAGGCAUCAAUUAAAGGUUUGACACUGACACAGUUAACAAUACCAAAAGCUGUCCUUUAUGAGGAUGAGCGUGUUUAUUGCAACAACUGCAAUACCUCCAUUGCUGAUCUUCAUAGAAAUUGUUCAACUUGUUCUUAUGAUCUCUGUCUGACCUGCUGUCAGGAAAUUCGAGAAGGUUGUUUUCUAGAAGAUGAAGAUAAAAGGCUCCCUGAAUGGAGAUCAAAAGAAACGGGUGAAAUACCUUGCCCACCAAAGGAAAGAGGUGGCUGUGGAAAUAAUCGCCUGGAGCUUAAGUGUCUCUUUGGUGAAAAGCAGGUUGAACAAAUAAUGAGGGAUGUUGAAAACUUAGUCAAAGCAAAUUCAUUUGCCAGUGAGACCCUCUCUGUUGAAGAACAGUGUACCUGUAACUCUAAAAAUAGAAGAAAAGCAGCUUCCAGAUCAGAUUCUGAUGACAAUUAUUUGUUCUGCCCUUCAAGUGACAUACAGGAAGGGCACCUGGAACACUUCCAGAAACAUUGGAGAAUGGGAGAACCUGUCAUUGUAAGCAACGUUCUUGAAUUAACAUCUGGAUUAAGCUGGGAGCCAAUGGUGAUGUGGCGUGCGUUCCGCAAUAUAGCAAUCAAGGAGGGCUUAUCAGAUUUGGUGGUGACAGCAGUUGAUUGUCUUGAUUGGUGUGAGGUGGAUAUAAAUAUUCGUCAAUUUUUUACGGGUUAUCUUGAAGGUCGAGCACACUCAGAUUCAUGGCCCGAAAUGCUUAAGCUUAAGGACUGGCCCCCAUCUACAGAAUUCGAGAAGCGGUUGCCACGCCAUGGAGCAGAAUUCAUUAGAGCCUUGCCGUACAAAGAAUACACACAUCCGCUUUCUGGUAUUCUUAAUGUUGCUUCCAAACUUCCAAAUGGUAUACUGAAGCCAGAUUUGGGUCCAAAAACAUAUAUAGCAUAUGGAUUUGCUGAAGAACUUGGACAUGGAGAUUCCGUUACAAAGCUUCAUUGUGAUAUGUCUGAUGCGGUGAAUGUUUUAAUGCAUACUGCUGAUGUUACUAUUCCUGAGUGGCAGCUUUCAAAAAUUGAUAAGCUGAAGAAAAAGAAAGCUUCUGAUUCAGAUGAUCAAAAAGAAUUACAUAUUACUGAUACAGGCGAUCAUCUAGUUCUUAAGAGUGAUUUUGCAUCUGCAAAACAAGAAAAAGCAAGUGAUGUUUUUUCCUCUGACCGGAAUGUGCAAUUGGAGGGCAGUUUAUCUUCUGAUCAGGUGGUUGAUCUUGAAAACAAGUUUGAUGGACCAGAGGAAGAAAAUGGUGGUGCAGUCUGGGAUAUCUUUAGGAGACAGGAUGUUCCCAAGCUCGAGGAUUAUCUUAAAGAGCACCACAAGGAAUUCAAGCAUACGCUUGGUUCUCCGGUGGACCAGGUUGUUCACCCAAUUCAUGAUCAAGUUUUCUACUUAACCACGUAUCACAAGAAGAAAGUCAAGCAAGAGUUUGGCAUUGAACCGUGGACGUUUGUGCAAAAACUUGGAGAAGCAGUUCUCAUACCUGCUGGGUGUCCCCAUCAAGUUAGAAAUCUGAAGUCUUGUAUAAAGGUUGCUCUCGAUUUUGUUUCACCUGAAAAUGUGGGCGAGUGCAUUCGCUUGACCGAGGAAUUUCGUAUUCUUCCCCAAAAGCACAGGGCUAAAGAGGACAAGUUGGAGGUGAAGAAGAUGGCUUUAUAUGCACUGGAGAAGGCUGUAGCUGAUCUAAAUGACCUUGAAUGUAAUGACAGAGCCCAGGUGCAGCAACCACAUUCAAGUAGUGAGCACGAUCCUGUUCAAACUAAAUAGGUGGUGGAGUAGUUCCAUUAUGUUGCUGUACUGUACAUAUGCUUGUGAACCACCUGACUAUCUGGUAAUCAUGAAAAGAGGGCCGC